AUGAAUAUUCUUGGCCUUCUCCUUCUCGUUCUUCUCGCUAUUGCUGCUCCAAUCGCCGAGGCUGGAAGACGUUGUCGCUCGAGCACCCAGUGUGACUACCAAUCCGUCUGCUACAACGGAUACUGCUACACCAUCGACGAGAUGUUCGAGAAGUCAAGGAAGUUGCCACAUGCCAAUCUGUAA